GCACGAUCGUUAAGUCCCGUUGGAUACCAUUGGUGAAAUCUUUGCGUGUUUAUCAAGUUCAUUAAACGCUUCGAGAUAUUCGACAAUUAUGUUGAAAUACACUGUACUCUUCGCUACCAUGUUUUACGUGGUGCAGUCGCAACGGCCAUGGCAUGCUGGUACCGGUAAUCGUCUGCCCCAGGUUCUACCUCAAUAUAUCGACGAGCGAAUAGCAGCGGAGCAAGCAGCUCAAGCGACUCAAACAGGUCAAACAGCUCAAGGGGACCAAAUAAUCCCAGCGAAUCAAGGAACUCAAGGAAUCGCAGUGGGCCAAGGGAUUCAGGGAAUCGCAAUGGGCCAAGGGACUCAGGGAAUCGCAGUGGGCCAAGGGGCUCAAGAUAUUCCAGUGCGCCAAGGGGCUCAAGGAAUUCCAAUGUACCAAGGGAGUCCAACGUACCAAGGAGCUCAAGGAACUCAGAUAACUGGUGCCGAUGGUACACUGCUUGGAAACCGAAUAGACAGUGGAGGCGGUAGCUUUGCAACUGCAUCGCCUCUGAACACAACUAUAAAUCCAGCUGAUUUACCAGUCGACGCUCACGGCGACAUUGACCUGGUGAACAGGAUCAAGACCUGGCCGAGAGAUAAGCAACCCUUUUGGUACAUCAACUGGCAGGCGAUCCAAGCCCAUCGUGGCGAUGUGAAUAACACUGGCCAGCCAGCUCAAACGCAACCGAGCACGAGAUCGUUCUUCGCGGGUUAAGACUGCACCGGAUGAAUUGUAAAUCGGACAACCGAUAAGACUGUAAAUUUAAGCAUUUGUUUCUGGCGGUGGGCGCGAUCGUUGAUUAUUUAUGGCCGUUGACGACAGCGGUUAUUUCUAGUCAAAACCGUCCUUUUGGAGAAAUAUGCGAUUUCACGUUUCGAAGAGUCGUCAACCAGGAUUAUUAUAUUCGGUUUCUCAAGAAUAGAGAAUUCGAAAGCAAUCGAAACAAAUGUCAUAUGAUCGUGAGAAGUCACAUGGCUUAAGUUUUUAUAAUAAAAUUAGUGGUCGAAUUUUUAUACGAAAA